AUGUCACAGGAGAAUGUGGAGAACAUGUUAUCCAGCUACACUCCCACGUACAUUGAAGAAAAGGACGCAAGAUGCGGAGGGGUGGAGGUCUUUUACGGGAUGACAACCGGUGAAGGAGCAGAUGCCACGGAUCUGAUGCUUCCAGCCUCUUUGAAGGAGUUUUGGGUCCAACAGCAGGCGAAUUCUGCGCAUGUCAUGGGGAAGAAUCCGGAGGAAGUCACCGAACAACGCAAGGCCUAUUCGCUCUAUGGCAUGUGGGAAGAGCUGAGCGCGCGAGCCGAGGCAUCAGCCAGUCUUCCGCGCAUCAUGCCCAGCAAGUCUUACUUGAACCUGGCGGUCGUGCCAAAGCCCGACGACCAGCAGAAGACUCUGGAACUCAAGGGCGUGAAACGCAUCGUGGUAGAUCCGCACAGCGAGUUUCGCUUGGUCUGGUCUCUGAUCGCGUUGCUCUUCGUGGUCUUCGAUGCGAUCUCCAUUCCAGUGAUGGUGAGCUGGGAGAUUCCAAGCUCGGAGUUGGUGGGGAUUCUGUUGCCCAUGAACUUCUACUGGACCAUGGACAUGUUCUUCAGCGCCCAAACAGGCGCGCUGAAUAAGGGCCGGGUGCGAGAGCCGGUUGAUGGGCUGACGCCGACGGCGGCCAAGUGGGCACGGAAGUGGUGUCAAGUGGAGCCCCAGCUGAAGACGCCCUACGAGGACCAUGCCGAACUGCGGGAGAGCCUCUGCGACGAAGACGGCUGCGAUGAAUACUCCCUGGGCUCCAGGUUCUGCCUCAGCUGGAUGGGUCUACCCCACAAGACCCCGCGUGCAUUGAUGGGCGAGCCCAGCUGGCACCACUGUCUUACGGCAGGUCUGUACGAGCGACCGCCAGACAGCCACGUGCAACACCCGGCUCCCUUGCUUUUCUGCCCCAACUCCUUGCCUUUGGCGGUCCUACAGACUCCAAAGGCAGGUUCCACAGCCUUCACGCACUGGAUGCACACCAUC